ACCAGAUCAUCCAUCCAUUACGGCCCGCAUCAUCAUGCCAUAUUCAUAAUCAUCACAUUCAUGGCUGCCACCCUAUAAAUACAGGCAAGUGGAGCAGGGAGAAAUCGAAGCGAAGGAAGUCCCCAAAGACUGAUGGCAGGGAUUCUAGUGAGAGAGUUCGACGAGGAGAGGGACUCCAAUGGGGUGACUCUCCUGGAGAGUAUGUGUGAGGUUGGGCCGAGUGGGAAAACCUCCCUUGUGGCAGAUCUCAUGGGUGACCCCCUGGCUCGAGUCCGCCAUUCUCCUUCCUAUCUCAUGUUGGUAGCCGAGUAUGGAGAUGACAGUGAAAUCGUGGGUGUUAUCAGGGGAUGCAUAAAAACCGUUACCCGUGGCGCAAAAAGGAAGCAGCAGAACUCUGAUGUGCCUCUCUACGUCAAGGUUGCUUACAUUCUUGGCCUCAGAGUCUCACCGUCUCAUAGGAGGGCUGGAGUGGGCUCGAGAUUGGUGCAGAGAAUGGAGGAGUGGUUCGAGGAAGAGCAAGCCGAUUACGCCUACAUGGCAACCGAGAACACCAACACAGCUUCACUGGGCCUCUUCACCGGCAAAUUUGGCUACACCAUGUUUCGUGCCCCGACUGUCUUGGUGCACCCGGUCCACGCCCACGCCAAGCCUGUGGACCCUCAGGUCGAUCUAGUCGAAGUCCCCGUUGACUUUGCGACUGCGCUUUACCGGCACGCCUUUGAAACCGCCGAGUUCUUCCCGAAGGACAUCGACUCGGUCCUUUCGAACCGUCUCACCCUCGGCACGUUUGUAGCCGUCCAAAAGAGCGGGGCUUCGUGGGUUCCGGGCGCGGUGCCGUCUCGGCUCCCCGAUUCGUAUGCGAUGGCAAGCGUGUGGAAUUGCAGCGAAGUGUUUCAGCUGGAAGUGAAGGGUGCGUCCCCGGUCGUCCGGGCUUUCGCGAAGGCGACUCGGUUGGCGGAUCGGCUGAUGCCAUGCUUGCGCAUCCCUUCGGUCCCAGAUGUUUUCCAGCCGUUUGGAGUCCACGUUGUGUAUGGGCUCCACGUGGAGGGCAAAGAAGGCGCCAAGUUGAUGAGCGAGCUGUGGUGGCACGUGUACAACCUAGCGAGGGAAGGUGGGGCCCUCGCCAUCGCGGCGGAGGUGGGGCCCUGGGACCCAGCUGCCAAGGGCAUCCCACACUGGCAAUGCUUCUCAUGUGCAGAGGACGUCUGGUGCAUUAAAGCCUUAAAUGACGAAGAUGCCCCUGAUUGGAUAUGCGCCUCCCCAACCUCUACCAUGGCCCCUCUCUUUGUCGAUCCUCGAGACUUUUGAACCGUUGAUCUGGCAGGCAACCGAUGGUGGCGAUCACAAGGGCGGCCGGCCCAUGCUCGUCUUGAAAUCAUAGCUUCAUUAAUUUGUUGUGAGCAUAAAUUCACUCUUGAUUAGGAAGAGCCAUCCAUCUGUUGUAGUUCAACAUGUUUUAACGCUUUUUCGGUGUGUAUUGACGGGGCACCAUAUUUUACCGUCAAAAAACAAACCAUUGCUUAGGCAUUCAUGAAUUGCUAUACCAAUAAUGGUAGUUGUUUUAUGUCUUCAUAUGUAAGUACAGAUUAAUGUCUCAGAAUUUUCUGAUGCUACAGUCAAUUUCCUGUACUGUCACAUGUAGAAAGUUCAAG